AUGCUGAAGGACAACCAGGUCCGGUACGUGGACGGGAUGAAGGCCGCGGGGAACGACGUGGAGCUCGCCGUGUUCGCCGGCAAGGAGCACGGCUUCUUCUCCAGGGACCCGUGGUCGGAGACCAGCGGCGAGGUCGUGCGAGUCGUCGGCCGGUUCAUGGGCAGAGACGCAGCCGAUUCAACCGGCGUCGGCGCCUUAGAGCUGAACCCGAAGCAUCCGACACUCAGCAAAGCACGAGGACAAUGGCUAGGGCUCGAAGGGGAACGACCCGAAGCUGGGGAGACGUCCCAGGAUGUGUGUGAGGGGAGGGAUGGCAUGAGAAAUGAUUCAGGAGAGGACGAGAGCGGCGUGGCGAGCGUGGUAACGCCUCGGCCGCAGGAGAGUGUUGGAUUCAUAGGGCUUGGGAACAUGGGCGCCCACAUGGCAAGGAACCUGGUGAGGGCUGGAUACAGAGUGUCAGUUCAUGAUAUAAAUGAGGUUGCCAUGAAGAAGUUCUCCGACGAUGGAAUUCCCACGAAGCGGUCGCCACUUGAAGUGUCUGAGUCGAGUGAUGUUGUAAUCACCAUGUUACCUUCCUCUGCCCAUGUCUUAGAUGUAUACAGUGGACGGAAUGGCUUGCUCGGUAAUGGGGGGCGCCUGGGACCGUGGUUAUACAUAGAUUCAUCCACAGUUGAUCCUCAUACAUCGAGAAAGAUAUCUAUGGACAUGUCAAGAUGCAGUUUAAAUGAGAAGAAAGGCUACGCCGAAAAACCGAUGAUGAUGGAUGCUCCUGUCUCCGGAGGUGUUCCUGCCGCAGAAGCUGGGACACUGACUUUCAUGGUGGGUGGUUUAGAAGAAACAUACAUAGCAGCAAAGCCGUUACUUCUCGCAAUGGGCAAAAAGCUGAUCUACUGCGGCGGGGCUGGAAAUGGCUCGGCUGCAAAGCUCUGUAACAAUAUGGCCAUGGCCAUCAGCAUGCUUGGGGUCUCCGAGGCCUUUGCUCUUGGUCAGAAUCUUGGGAUCAAAGCAAGCACUCUCACAGAUAUAUUCAAUUGCUCUAGCGCCCGCUGCUGGAGUAGCGACACAUAUAACCCAGUUCCUGGAGUAAUGGCGGGCGUGCCAUCGUCGAGGAAUUAUGAUGGUGGUUUCACCUCCAAAUUAAUGGCUAAAGAUUUGGAUUUGGCCAUGGCCUCUGCAUCUGGAGUUGGCUUCAAAUGUCCCGUGGGUUCUGAAGCACUUGAGAUUUACCGGAAGUUAUGCGACGAGGGCUGUGAAUUCAAGGACUUCUCAUGCGCGUUUCGCCACUUUUACACCGGCAAGGAUGAGAAGUGA